AUGAAUGGGCAUCAAUAUCCGCACAGCCCUAAACCGGCGUAUCAGUUUGAGAGAAGCCCAGGAGGAGGAGGCGAGAAUUUGCUACAGGGAUCCCCAAGCCACGCUGAAUCUCUCGACUACAGCUCCAAUAUUGAUUCCGAAUCUUACACCGCAUUGGGUGGUGCUGCUUCUCUAACAGGCUUAGUACCGAACUACCCAUCCUACCAAGAUGCGACAGAGACAGUUCGCGAGAUGUACCUGGCACUGCUGUACUUGCUGAGCAAUCCAGAAGAGUUUCACCGAGCUCUUCAGGUACACCCUGCCUAUGGCGCUACAACUCUGACGGAGUGGAAUGCGGAAUAUGACACUGAAUCUAUUACGGAUGGAGGGUCGAUAGUGACAACCGCAGAAAGUGCCGUGUCAUUGAGUGGGCCGACUCCACUCCCAUUUGUGGUGUUCUCUGAUGAUGCAGAGGUUGUGCUACCUCAAGCCCACACAGCUUCGCAGUUAUUUGGCUUGGAACGAAUUGAGGGAAUUGAGCUGGAGGCUGCAGCUGGAAUCCAUUCUUUGUCACAAUUGUUCUUGAGGUGGUUAGCCCUCAUGCCUGGUGGAGAUCACCUCAAUAUGAUUGAUCCUCCUGGACUCACAGUAAUGCGAAUAGCCGGAGGACGUUAUCGCGUCACCGCAGCGCACCGGGUUGUGUGGACUUGGAUGAAUGAAUUCGCUGCAUUGGCAGAAGCUCAUGGAAAUGAUGCCGUAGAAACCCUGCAAGCAGGUGACUUGGUCACCAUGACCAUUGUUGAUGUAUUUGAAACAGACUCCCAGGGCAAACUCUUGUCUUAUUGCCCUACAUUCGACAAUCGAGCCGUGAAAAAGACCAAUCCAGCAACGGAAACGUUCCGAAAGUCGUCCAGCAAACUUUUUACCAUCUUGAACAAAGUGCAAAAUUCCAAGACAGCAAAAGGAUUCUAUUCUAGAGCAAAAAGUGUUGCAAGUACUGUGAAACACAGAAUGGACGAAGCUGCAGCUAAUUACACAUCGUCGCCUCGUCGGCGACCGCCGAACAGUGACGUCGGCAGCAGUGUGGCAGAAUUUGAACAAGCACUAAAUGCGGCCGAAACGGCCGCUCUUGGUCCUAGACCAAAUUCUGAGGACAACAAUGGAAGCGGCAGCGAUACUACCCUCCAGGAUGCUGAGCCGACCGGUAAAGAACACGACAAAACAAGACGACAACAAGGGUUCGAGCCUGAGCCGAACCAGCUGACAGAGCAAAGGCAGACAACAAACACCCGCAGCGAAGCGUAUUUCAGUGACGACGAUGAUAUGCCCGAAAAUGUCAUAUGA